CUGGGGAGGUGGGCGCACGCGGGGGCGGCGCUGACGUCUGGCUCGUGAGGCGCGCGUCAUGUCUCGACGGGGCGGUGGCCGCUUCUCCCUGUUCGCGGAGGACGGCGCCGACUUUGGCGCCCUGCCAGCGCCGCGCAGUCGCAUUGCGGCCGGCGCGGCGCGUGCCAGCAUGGACCUGGACCAGUUGCGCGGCGAGCUGCACCGGCGCUGCGGCGCGGACGCGGACAGUGAGCUUGGCGACUUUGUCAGCGACAGCCGGUUGCGCUUCCAGCAGUUGCUGAGCGGCGGCAAGUGGGACGGGCUGCACGGAGCGCCCGGCGAUCGAUUCCAGCAGCUGAUGGGGUCAACCGCCUCGGGGGCAACGGCGCCGCCGGGGGAGGAGGCGGCCCUGCCGGCCGGCCGCGGCAACGGCGCGUGCAGCCCCGCGCUGCUGGCUGACGCUCCUGUGCUGCUGGCCGACCGGCCCGCGCUGCUGGCCGACGCUCCUGCACUGCUGGCCGACAGGCCCGCGUUGCUGACCGACGCCCCUGCGCUGCUGGCCGACGCUCCUGCGCUGCUGGCCGACCGGCCCGCGUUGCUGGGAGACCGUCCUGCACUGUUGGCCGACAACCCUGCGUUGCUGGCCGACCGUCCUUCGCUGCUCGGAGGCAGGGCGGGCCCGCUGAGUGAGCGCAUGAUGGCAGGACCUCUGAGUGAGCGUAUGCGACCGGGACCGUUGAGCGAGCGUCUCAACAGCGAAAUCGUGACGCGCGGGGGCACAAACAUGGCCACCAACUCCAUGGUGAAUUCGUCCAGCUCCGUGAUGAACGCAUCCAGCUCGGUGAUGAGCUCGUCGUCCAGUGCGAUGUCGAACUCGUCGCGCGCGGUGGUCGGCUCCGGUGACCGGUCGGUGGUGGCGGCGGGCGGUGACGACCUGGCGAAUCCACAGCUCUCCUCCACUCGGCAGCAGACGUUCCAGCAGUCGCGCACGGCAUCCAACACGACGUUCAGUCAGUCGCUGGACGGCGGGCCAAGCCAGUCAAACACGACGCGUCUGUGCGAGGAGCAGCAGACGCGCGCCACCACCGAGAACGGCGCCACCAACGUGGCGCAGCAGCGUGCCCAGAAGCUCGAGUCGGCCACCGUCACCUCCCACAACGGCGAAACGCAGCUGGCGCUGGAGCGGGCCCAGGUGGCGCAGGCCAUGGAGGCCUCGUCCCACGGCGACGGCGUCACCGACGUGCGCGAGGAGGUGCAAGCCUCAGGCGCCGUGCGCCACGCCACCUUCGAGGACGGCGACGGCGGCCCGCCGCGCCAGCUGACCGCCUCCGGCGAGGACUUCUCGGCACGCGCUCAGGUGGACUACGUGCACGAGGCGGGCGACGGUCCCGGCGGCGGCCAGUUCCGAAUCAAUAGCGGCGGGCCGCCGGAGGCCGGCAGCCGGCGGCCGCCGCUCUGGCGCUUCUCUGCCUUCGGGCCGCUCAUCCAGCCGCCGAGCGGAAGGAUCCGCGGCCAGGUCACCAUGCAGACGUCGCACAGCAUGUUCAACUGCCAGGCCGGCGCGCUGCCCAGAUUCGCCGGCUCCCAGUACACGUACGAGGACACGUUCGAAGUGUCCGAGUCCGAGUCGGACGACGACGACCUGUACCUGCCGGCGCCGGCGCGGCGCCGCCAGCUCGGCUGGCGCCACAAGCCGGCCCUCACCCUCGAGGAGGCGCGGCCCGAGACGCCGUCCGAGGCGCCCUCCGAGGCGCCCUCCGAGCCGCCGGGCGAGCGCGAGGCGGACGUGAGUGAGGACGUGGCGGCGGCCGAGGAAGAGGAGCGCCGCCGCCGCGAGCGGCUGCACAAGAUAGCCAGCGAGCUGCUGGUGACCGAGCGCAAGUACGUCCAGGAGCUGCACCUCAUCGACCAGAUCUUCCACUUCCGCGUGGACCAGGAGAACCGCGCCCACCACAUGUUCAACAACGAGAUCACGGCGCAGAUGUUCUCCAACGUCAAGUCCAUCCACCAGUUCCACAAGGAUCACAUGCUUCCCCAGCUGGAGAGCCGGCUGGCCGACUGGGAGAACGACCCGCGGAUAGGGGACAUCAUGAAGACGUGCGCUCCGUUUCUCAAGAUGUACACCGAGUUCGUGAAGAGCUACGACAACGCCAUGAAUCUCAUCAACGCUUUCUUUGCCAAGUGUCCGCGGUUCGCAGCGAUCAUGAACGAAAUCCACGAGAUGGAAGAGUGCGGUAACCUACCGCUGCAGCACCACAUGAUCGUUCCCAUCCAGAGGGUACCCCGGUACGAGCUGCUGCUGAAGGACUACCUGAAGAGGCUCCCGGAAAACUCGCCAGACUACGAGGAUGCCAAACAGGCGCUGGAGCUGGUCACGCACGCGGCCACGCACAGCAACGACACGAUGAAGCGGGUGGACAAGUUCAAGCAGCUGCUGGAGAUCCAGGAGAACAUCAGCGGCGGUCCGGACCUGGUGUCGCCCACCCGCCAGCUGGUGAAGCAGGGCAAGAUCUGCAAGAUAUCGGCUCGCAGCGGCGACCACCAGGAGCGCUAUCUGUUCCUGUUCUCCGACCUGCUUCUUCUUUGCUCGCCGCGCCUCAUCAACAACCGCAUCAUCUCGGGUCCGGCGUACAGGCUGCGCGCCAAGUUUAGCAUCGAGGGUCUGCAGGUGAUGGAGGGAGACAACCUGGAGACGGUCAACACAUUCUACAUCACCGGCAACCAGAAGAACGUCGAGCUGUACACGCAGACGGCGGACGAGAAGGCCGAGUGGCUGGAGGCGCUCUGUUCCGUCAUGACCAGCUUCUACGAGCGACGCGCCUCGCUCAAGUCCGACCCGCAGGGCUUCGAGGAGCUGGGCAAGAAGGCGCCGGUGAUGCUCCGCCAAGAGGGCGUCUCGCGCUGCAUGGAGUGCGAGAGCCAGUUCGGCAUGAUGAGGCGCAAGCACGGCUGCCACGCCUGCGGCAUUGUGGUGUGCGGCAAGUGUUCCAGUCACAAGGUGGCGCUGCCUUGCGAGCAAAACAAGCCAGCGCGUGUCUGCAACCGAUGUCAUCAGCUGCUGGCGGAGCGUGCUGGCCAGGGCGGCGACACUAGCGCCACCACGCCGCGCCGCGAGAGCAUCCUCGACGUGUCCUACACGCGUGGCAAGGGUGUACUCGAUGUGCCCGCUGCUUGCGACUCCCUGUUGAGCGGCUACCUCCAGCUGCGCAGCCGCAAGGCCUGGUCACGGCGCUGGUUCUGCCUGCGCGAGGACUUCGUGCUGUACUCGUACCAGGCCGAGGAGGCGCUGAGGGCGCUGACAGCCACCCCCGUGCCCGGCUUCACGGUCACGUGGGGCGGAGCCAGCAGCAAGGCGGAGCCGGGCGUGGCCGACAAGGACAGAGAGCGCACACUCAAGCUCACCCACGUCAGGAAGAGCUACCUGUUCCUCGGGGAGGGCAAGGAGGACAUCGGCAGGUGGGUGGCGGCAUUGCAGAAGGCGGCCCGGGCCGAGGCCCUGCCCCAGACCCGGACCGAAGUCUGAGACGCGGCCCCGGCCCAGCGCCUCUCGUGUCGACGUCGGCACGUGCGGCGCGCGCCACGUUCGUCGAAGCGCGACGCCGGGCGCUGCCCAGCCAUUAAGCGCGGCGCGUGCCGGUUGGGCCACGUGACCCCCGCGAGGGGGCGCUGGGGACGGAGCGAACUGUUGUGACGUUUCUAAGUGCUGUACAAGGCGUCCCGGCUCUCAUCCCUGUGCCGCGGCGCGCCGUUCCAAGGUGCGCUGUUUCACUGAAAUGUGUGGAAUGUGGUCGUUGAAAGCUGUGACGUGGAAUUUGCGUUUGAAGUUGGCAGUCUUGAUUCAUGUUAGCUAGGGCGGUUUUUUUAGUGAACCUUGAGACUUUCAGUCCCUCCCUCUGUAGUCCCCUUUGGAUGCAUGCCAGGCAGUUCAGUUGUGUAUGAGAACGUUCAGAGAAGGCUCCAGCUCUUCAGUACUACGCUAACUUCAUCACAUCAUCAGACAGCGAGCGUGAGAUUGUCAAAAGCAGUGUUCGCCAAAGCAGUGGACGGGCGCAAUAACACGGAGGUCUGUUUUGCUGGUUUCCCACGCCUGUGAUUCGGCAUGUUCUCCUGGGAAGGCGACCUCUUUAUUUCGUACAGAGUUUCGUCUGCGUUCUUUCUUUGACAUAGUGUUCGCACGACUAUGUACUAAUAAAGUACCCGCUCCCUUGG